AUGGCCAGCGAGGAGCUGGCGUGCAAGCUGCAGCGCCGGCUGCAACGGGUAGAGGCAGAGGAGCCCGAGCCGGCGCCCCUUGCGGCGCCCGCACCGCCCGCGUCCGCGCCAUCGGUCCUGGUGCCGGUCUCCAGCGCCGACGCGGAGCUGAGCGCGCAGCUGAGCCGGCGGCUGCACAUCCAGGAGGGCGCGGCGCGACCCCGCCGUUGCAGGGUCUUCAACCCCUACACUGAGUUCCCCGAAUUCAGCCGCCGCCUCAUCAAGAACCUGGAGAAUAUGUUCAAGCGGUACGAUGCAGGGCGAGAUGGCUACAUUGACCUGAUGGAGUUGAAGCUGAUGAUGGAGAAACUGGGAGCCCCCCAGACCCACCUGGGCCUGAAGAGCAUGAUCAAGGAGGUGGACGAGGACUUUGAUGGCAAGCUCAACCUCCGUGAGUUCCUGCUCAUUUUCCACAAGGCUGCAGCCGGGGAACUUCAGGAAGAUAGUGGGCUGAUGGCACUGGCAAAACUCUCCGAGAUCGAUGUUGCUCUCGAGGGUGUCAAGGGUGCCAAGGACUUCUUUGAAGCCAAGGUCCAAGCCUUGUCAUCUGCCAGUAAGUUUGAAGCUGAGUUAAAGGCUGAGCAAGAUGAGCGGAAGCGGGAGGAAGAGGAGAGGAGGGUCCGUCGUGCAGCAUUUCAGGAGCUCAAGGCAGCUUUCAGUACCUAG